AUGAAUGCUACCACCAGCAAGAACGACUUUCGAGCUCGCUACUACUCCAAGCUCGGGAUCUUUCCUCAACCGCCGUUAUCCUCGUGCACCUCUUCCUCCUCCAAGAGUCCAGUACGACUUUUGCAUCGACAGAGCAGCAGCGUCUUGUCGACACGCAGCUCUCCACCAUGCCUAAGACACAAGAGAUCCGUGCUUCACACCACCCCGGCCAAGGAUCAAAGGGUAUCUUUCCACCCCGAAGUCAAGCUCUAUCGCAUUAAGCACCAUGAAGACUACUCUGAUGAAGAGUGGGACAACAUGUGGGUAGACGCUGACACACUGGACUAUGAGAAGGAUCGCAAUUCGUUCGAGUUCCACGCGGAUGGAUCGGACUGGCGCAAUGCUACCGAAGAAGAGCACUUUCAAGAUGGUGGAGAUGGAUCACUCAUUCAUCCUGCCACUUGGGUGGCAUACCGCCAUCAGUGGGAAAAGCAUGGAAGUCUGAACGAACCCGUGGAUUUCAAGGCCCUUCUACGACCGGCGCGACGAUGGAGUCCUCGUCCGGUCAAGCAACGCAAGACCUUUUGGCUAUUCGACCUGGCCAUGGAAUCUGUGCAAAAGGGCAAGAAUGCCGUUGAGAGCCGUCAUCGAACCGACCAUCAUCAUCAUCGUCACCAUCCGCAGCCUACAAGACAAACCGACCGUGGUUGGCCCUGA